CCUUUCGCAUUGCGUGAAGCUGUUCACUUACUUGUUGUCUGGCCUGUCUGGACUGCACCCGUGGAGGUGAGAGUCAGUCAAGUAGCCUAUACUUCAAUCUUGUUGGGCUGUGUUCAAUAUGUCUCAGUUGGAUCGGUCACUUAUCGUCAGAUCUCAUUGUGAUUGAAAACUGGGACCAUCGGCAAGUAAAACUAGACUAGGCUGAUCACCGAUCCCUUGGGGCUUCUUCAGCAUGGCAUCUGAACUCGAACUCGCUUCCGGGUUCAUACCUUCCUUGUACAAGCCUGCUGCGCUGCUCCCCAUUGCCAGACAUAAACAAAGUUUACUCUAUCUGGUUGAAACCUAUCCAGUCACCAUCGUCGUUGGACAGACGGGAAGCGGAAAGACAACCCAGUUGCCUCAAUACCUCGAACAAGCGGGGUGGUGCGCAGAUGGGAAAGCAAUCGCUAUCACACAGCCGCGUCGCGUGGCUGCCACCACUGUGGCAGCUCGAGUUGCCGAGGAAAUGCGGUGCAAGCUAGGCGAGGAGGUGGGCUACUCAAUCCGCUUCGAGGACCUGACUUCUGCUUCCACUAGGAUCAAGUUCCUAACCGAUGGGAUGCUACUUAGGGAGGCACUCGUCGACCCCUUGCUGUCGCGGUACUCAGUGAUCAUGGUCGAUGAAGCCCACGAGCGCUCUCUCAGCACCGAUGUGCUCCUGGGAAUCUUAAAAAAGAUCAUGAAAAAACGCCCUGAGCUGAGAAUCAUUGUCAGUAGUGCAACGCUACAAGCUGAAGACUUCCUGCGCUUCUUUGCGGGAGAAGAGUUCGACAGUGAGGCAGAGUCUGGCGAGAUUGGGGGAAAGGUCGGCAGGAUUAUCAGCUUAGAGGGGCGCAUGUAUCCUGUGGAUAUGCUCUUUCUUGAAUCUCCAGCAGAAGACUAUGUGGAACGGGCGGUCAAAACUGUUUUUGACAUACAUCUUCAAGAAGCGGAGGGUGAUGUUCUUGUGUUCUUGACUGGCCGGGAAGAGAUCGAUACAGCUAUACAAUUGAUCUCGGAACGGGCCGCCACCCUCCAUCCCAAAGCGCAGUCGGUGCUUCCUCUCCCGCUAUACGCCGGUCUCACGACAGACCAGCAGAUGUAUGUUUUCGAGCCGGCUCCCGAAAACACUCGCAAAGUCAUCGUGUCCACAAACAUCGCCGAAGCGUCUGUAACCAUCAAUGGAAUUGUGUAUGUGGUUGAUUGUGGAUUUGCUAAGCUAAGAGCUUACAAUCCUACCACGGGAAUUGAGACCUUGACAGCGGUGCCGAUCUCAAAAGCAGCAGCGGUUCAGCGUGCAGGUCGAGCCGGGCGCACCAAGCCGGGGAAGUGUUUCCGUCUCUACACGCAACAGGCAUAUGAAUCCCUCCCAGAAGCGACUGUCCCGGAGAUCCAGCGAUCGAACCUGGCGCCGGUGAUUAUGCAACUGAAAGCCUUGGGAAUCGACAAUAUCGUUCGUUUCGAUUUCUUGACGCCUCCUCCAGCUGAACUGGUGAUCCGUGCUUUCGAGCUUCUGUAUUCCCUGGGAGCGGUUGACGACUAUGCCAAACUCACCAAGCCUCAGGGUAUGCGGAUGGCCGAAUUAGCUGUUGACCCUAUGAUGGCAAAGGUGCUCCUCUCCGCACCGGGCUUCGGCUGUUUGAGCGAAAUACUCUCCAUCGCUGCCAUGGUCAGUCUCCAGGGCACAGUCUGGGUCCAACACGAUGGUGAUCGAAAAACCUCCGAGAGCAUGCGGAGAAAGUUUGCAGUGGAAGAAGGUGAUCACCUGACGUAUCUUAACGUCUACCAAGCCUUUGUCACCAAGGGCAAGAAAGAAUCGAAGUGGUGUCGGGAUAAUCUUUUGAACUUCCGGUCCAUGCAACGAGCCGUGAGUAUACGUGCGCAGCUCAAGCGGUACCUGGAGCGCUUCGGAAUUCAGGUCGAUGAGACCCUUUCUGCCCGUGCGAGACAGGAAGACCCAAGCAAGCUCCCGGAAAAGAUUCAGAGGUGUCUCACAACUGGGUACUUUGCACAUGCUGCAAAAAUGCAACCCGACGGCACAUUCCGAACGGUGAGCGGAGGGCUAACGCUGCAUGCUCAUCCGAGCUCGCUGAUGUUUAAUCGCAAAGCUGAGUGGGUCAUUUUCCAUGAAAUACUGCAGACUGGGGAAAAGACUUUUAUUCGAGAUAUAACGAAGAUCGAAAAGGGCUAUUUGCUCGAGUAUGCACCGAACUAUUACCAAGUGCAUUAAUAGAUACCCGUCC